AUGCAACUUGUCGAUGACAGUAGCAUCUCUGCAAGAGUAGUUCGCCGAUAUAGAAUGCGAAAUCGAAUACUGAUCAUUGCUUCCGCGAUUUUAUCAAUUCUUCUCAUAAUCCUGAUGUCCUUGUUAAUUCAUCGUGCACGAAAACAACAAUCACUACCUGACGUAUACGAAAAGGGACACGGUUCGCCGAUGUCGUCAUCAUCAUCAUCAACAAUAACAACAACAACAGCAACAACGUCUUUCGUUGGCACUACCCCCGCUGAUACUAGUUCAUCGAUUAUUACUAGUACUAGCACUACUGUCACUACUACUAGUGCCUCAAAACCUUCGUUAAAGAUUUGCUCGGCAGCUACUUGGUCCAAGAAAGGAAUCACUGUCGCUGGCGGUACUAAUAGUGGCUCUGGUUUGAAUCAACUUACUAUUCCAGUUGACAUGUUUGUCAAUAGUGAAGACGCUAUUUAUAUAGCAGAUUCUUUCAAUCAUCGUAUUGUGAAAUGGAAUCCAGGUGCCAGUGAGGGUAUAGUUGUUGUUGGUGGUGGUACUGCAGGAAAUCGAACACAUGAACUAAAUUACGUGACCGGAUUAUUUGUUGAUAGCGAAGAAAGUAUUUACGUAGCAGAUAAUCAUAACCAUCGAGUUCAAAAAUUCAAAAAAGAUAGUAAACAUGCAACAACAUUAAUCGGUGAAUAUGGUCCUGGUAGUGGUAUAAAUCAAAUUAAUAAUUGUUGGGGUUUAUAUGUUGACAAAAAAUUCAACAUCUAUGUGUCGGAGCAUUCGAAUCAUCGUAUUACAAAAUGGUCUCCGGGUGCAAAAAUAGGACAGCGUGUUGCUUUCGUCUCCAAGCCAUUAGGUAUCCAUGUUGAUGAAUCAAACGAUGAUGUUUAUGUUGCUAGUUACAGCGGCGAUUGUGUAUACCGUUAUAGUACAGAUCGUAAGCCUGUGCAGAGAAUUGGCGAAAAAGUACUUAAUAGCCCGUACGAUUUUGCAUUUGUACCCGGCUUCGAUUCGAAUAAUCGAGAUAUCAUCAUUGCCGAUAGCGAGCAUCAUAGAGUAGUGAAAAUGAAUUUGGAUGAGCCGGAUCUAGUAACAAUUAUUGCUGGCAUCACUAAUCAAGGAGGUUCGUCUGCAGAAGAAUUCAAUGAACCACGAAGAGUUCGUUUCGAUUCCAAAGGCAAUUUACUCGUACUUGAUUCAAACAACAAUAGAGUGCAAAAAUUCUUGAUAGAAAACAACAAAUGCGAUAGCUAG